AUGCCACAUGAGCUGAGUGAGUAGGCAGAGAGACCCCCCCCCGCCCGUGUGCAAUGCCUGCAAGCGGCGCUGCUGCAGCUGCUUCCUCCUCCUCCUCCUCCUGCUGCUGCUGCUCCUGGCGAGGAGCGGCGCCCAUUUGCCCGCGCGGUGCCUGGGCUCGCCCUUUCUCCUGUCAUUCGGGGCCACGUUGCUGCAGCCUCCCCGGGCGGGGGGGGGGGCAUUUACCCCGGGGGAGGAGGAAAGGGAGCUGGGGAUGUGGGGAACGCCAUCCAGCCCCUCGCGGGCAAAGCUCCUGCGCAAGCAGCGGCGUUGCCCAGGACAUUUUCCUCCUUGCAACCUUCCCUUUGCCAAGUUAGGGGGCGGGGGGUCUUUUCUCUGGUCGGGGAGUCUCCCCCCCCCCCCGAAGUCUCCUCCCCCCCCCCCCAGUACAAUUUCUCCACGUAGCAUUCAGCAACAGGUCAAAUAGCCAAUGUAUCUGGAGUUGUUUGCGCUCUUGUUUCUUGCUGGCCUCCCGUUGUUAAUAGGUGUGUCUUUUUCUCUCCCCCCCCCCACCCCCCAUUUGUAGAAAAAGUGUUUGCCAGUCUCCCGCAGGUUGAGAGAGGCGUCUCCAAGAUCAUUGGGGGAGAUCCAAAGGGCAAUAACUUUCUGUACACGAAUGGAAAAUGUGUCAUCAUCCGCAACAUUGAUGUAAUGUACCCUCAUUUUUACAUUGAUUCAUUUUUACAUUGAUUCUUACUGAUGGUUUUCUUUUUAAGCCUUAAUGCUUCUCCUUUGCUGUUCUAUUGAGGUCAGGGAUCUGUGACAAUUUAGGAGGGCAUUGGAGUGAAAGCAGAAUGACUCACAGGAGCUGAGAAUAACCAGAGAGAUGUUGAGGCUGCAUGUGGAAACGCCCUGAAAUCUAACAUGAUAAAGGGCAGCAUGUUUUAAAUAAAAAAGAAAGCUCUUAAAAUACAAAUAAAAGUGGAGUGGGGGGAAGAGAUCAGUGGUAUUAUGAAGUAUUUUUCAGUACUGAAGUAAAUAUGGAAAGCUUAUAGGAUGUUGAAUGUAUGAAAACAUCCUAUAGAAAUUAAAGGGUAUUUCUUUUCUCCUGUUGUGUUUUCCCUAAUCUGGUGAACAGCAUCACUCAAAUCCAAUGUGUCUCUUUGCUUCAUGGGAAUAUCUGUGUUUUGUAUGAGAAUAUUUUCAUAUUUGGAACCUAAUUAGUAGUCAAAAAUCACUCCCUUUUUAAGUUAUAGCCAUGAGGUAGGACUAUAGUUGCAAAAUACUUUCUUUGCUUACUGUCUUAGGACAGGAUUGUAGCAAGCAGUUCUGGAUACCUUAGAGCUAUGAUUAAAAGUAGAGCAUUUGUGUUGUAGUACCUACAAUGUGGAAUUGUCUUUCAGAGCUUUUCACAGUCUACUGAGAUCUAUCUCUUAUAUAUUUAUUGGCGCUUUAAUACUUCUGUGUGACAGAUAUGAAUAUGGUGAACCAAACUUUUUAGUUUUGGUAACAAAUGGGGAAAUUCAUCUUUCUCUCUUGUAUCACUGAAAACAAUGUAGCAAUUUGUUACACUGGAGUUUUUAAUGUGGUUUGGAUUACUGGUACAGAACUCAUGUGGGGAGUUGGACAUGUGAUUGCUUAUAUUUCCUGUUUUAGGAAAAACACUAGUCAUGGGAGUCGCUUUAAUUUCAAGUGUUGGCAUCCACAUUCUAGAAACUAGAAAUACAUUAGGCAAAACUUUUAAGAUGUGGCCGUAAGAACAUAAGGAGAGGCCUACUGAGCCAGACCAAAGGCCGAUCUAGUCUGGUGUGCUGUUUCGGUAGUCAGAUGGAUGCCUGUGGGAGGCUGGUGGAACAUGAGCACAGCAGCGCUCUUCCCAGUUGUUCCCCAGCAACAGGUGAAGUGUGGCAUCAGACAAGACCCUGCAAACCCCCUGUAGGAGGAGGGCUGUGGUCCUGGUGAUCAAAAAUCUUGGCUCACUACAAAAUCUGGGGGCGGGGAGGGGGAAUUGUUGACCAGUUGAAGCCACUGCCUAAUAAACAUGAGUGGCCAGACAUAUAACUUGGGCAACAGAUGUUUGUAUUGUGCAUAGAUAGGAGCAGGAGAGCCUGGUUGUGACAUAAUUGAGGCUACAUGCCUGAGGAUUCGUGGACCAGAACCUCCCCAGAACAUGGAGAAUUUUAUCUCUAUUAUACUUUGCAACAGGUGGGUCUCUUGGCACAGCUAGGAUGGCCGCUAGUGACACAGAUGAGGAUCAUGCAGGAAUAAGAGUUGUGUUAUUCAUUACAUUUCACUUUUAUUUUGUAUACAGCCUUUCUAUGUUGCUAUACACAAGGCGAUUUACAGCAACAAAAUAUUCAACAAAGAACACACACCUUAUAAUAAUGUGAUCCAAUACAAAAAGUCAUAAUAAAACAUAACUUUAAAAUAGAAUGACUUACAUCAAAUAAAGUGAUAUUCAACAAUCUAUUAGAAUAUAAUAGUACACAAUAAAAUUAACCCUCAUCACAGCAAAUAAUAAUUAAACAAAUUCACUCUCAAUAAUUACUGAACUGUGAUCAAUAAAAAUAAGUGCAAGUCAAAAUGCAUAAAAUACCACAAUACAUACAAAACCACAUAAAAGGAUCAAAUUGAGAAACAAAGACACAGAACUUAUAAAACGGUUUUUUAAAAAUCCCUGAACUCUUCUUCUCCCUUCGCAGCUGGGAGAGGCUACUUGCUCAGCUGGACUUGAUUGAGGCUGGGGAAGGCGAGGCUCUUUCUCCCUUCUUUGCACUUCCUCGCUGAGGAAGCUGACUUCUGCUAAAUUAUUUUAGAGUCUUUCUGUAGGUUUUCUUUUGGUGGGACUUUUCCAAACAACUUCCAGCCAGGAGCACUGUGGACUUUUGUUCUUUUAGUGAAGAACUUAUUCGUUACUUAACCUAUGAUAGCUAUCUGAGACAGAAUGUGGAAGAAGAGGCAUUCUGCCUACAGUUGACUGCUAAGCCAGUAUCUCUUCUUAAGCCAACAAAUCCAUAAAAUUCUCCUUGCAUGCAACAAAGCCGUGUUUUAAGGUGCAUCCUCUCUAUUCUCCCAUACCUUCCUUCCUUCUGACUUACUGUCAGGCCUUCCCUCCCACUUGAAUCGAUAGGCUGAGCAAACCUUUUGCUGGAUUUGGUCUAGAAGAGAAGCUGAAUAGUUUCCUCAUUGCUCAUCUCUCAGCUUCCCAGAAUGUGCUCACAGGGCUUUACUGUGUGUUGGCAACUUGUCCCAGAAGCCUAGUGCAAUGAAACCCAUUGGCUUUGCUGGGGACGCUGUUUCUCAAAGCCACCUGGGCGCAGAAGACUAACUAUAGAAUGUGUUUCUUUCCCUUUGUCUUUCACCUAUGGCUGCCAACAGAAGCUACAAGCCUUUCCUACUACUCAUAGUUUACCUGGAUUUGUAAUGUUGGUUUAUUCUUCUUGACACGCCCGUCUGGCUUUUCCCUCUGGUCUCUUUGACUUCUUCCCAAUGAAACCCUUUUAAAGUUUGCAGCCUGAGUGUGUUUGUGGUAUGCUCAAGUGAUUAGGUUCCUCUCGCAUACCUAGGUUACUUCGUAAUGCAAGACACAGACGUGUCUUGGGGUCUUCAAGGAAAGGAUGCUCCUUCACCCUGAGGAGCUCACUGGCUUGUAUGCUGUGACCCGUUGCCCCUACCAGGGUCAGCAGACUGGCACCUCCUGAGCAUGCAUAUGUCAAAGGGCACAGUUUUGGGGACCCCAGAAGAAAAACAUUCAGGAAAUCUUAGAAUGUUGAGUCAUUCAACUAACAGAAAGUGACAGAUUAUAAACUACCAUAAGCAAGUUUUCAGCUUGAUAACCAUCAAGCUCCUGUCGUCUCAUCCACAAUCGGCAAUUCAGAUGUUUCUGUGCACCCCAUUAAAGUUCUAAAAGAGUACUAGAAAGCUCCAUGAGGGCAACUGUAACACUGGAUUUCCCAGUUGCAUGAAUAUUUUACUUCUGUUGCCUCCUCUGCCUGCACUAAGUUACAGAGCCAGUCGCUGGCUGUUGCAGGUAUCUCUGGUUUCAGUCUUCCAAAAGAAUAGACUGUGAAUUGGAGGACUCCAUAGCAGGAUGUGUGUUCUAGGAUUCAGCUAAUCUUUUUUUCUUUUCAUAAGAAUCCUAACUAUUGCUUUCAGAGAAUUCCUGGUAAAUCUUAACUGGUUUCGGUGACUUUUAAAGUGAGAUUCUCUUGCAUGUGCUUGUGUGCUGCCUCUUGCUCAAAGAGCAGCUAUAUGCUAUAGAAAGAGGACAUUAUUGUAGCCUUAAUACUAGCCUUCAAAUAAGGUGUUGACUUAAAUAACAAAGAAGAUAUUUCACUUCUUAGAAGUCUUGGCCUAAUCAGUAAUAUUUUCUUUUUCUCCUUCUGGAAACGGCAGCUAUGGUAGGAUAGGAUAGGUGGAAAUUUUGCUAGGGUAUUUGUUUGUAGUCCUUCAUGGUCAGUUGGUGUUUCUUAUGAAAGCUCACGGGUAGAUGGUUUUAAGAUGUGGAGAUCUCAUGAAUGUUUUGAAUCCAUUGGCUCCCCUUCCCCCUUCUAAGGAGAGGUGGUCAGAGGCAAAGGGGAGUGGGGGGAGAAGAAGUCGUUCGACAAGUCUGAGGCAGAGAGGGGGAUCCUGGUUCAGCUCAUCACCCUGAGCAGUGGUUAAGGUGCUCAAAAAUGACUUGUGUUGGACUUAGGAGUUUUUGUACCACAUGUGAGAAGAGGACAGCGAAAACUUCCAGUGUGACUUCAGAAAAAGCUACAGCUGCACAUUAAUCUAUUGUUCUAACCAUUAAUUCAACUCUACGGUUCUUUGAUUCUAUAAGUAAGCCAGAUUCUAAAACCAUGGUUUGAGCCUAGUUUGUUUGAAAGGUAAACUGCUGCCCCUUCCCCACAAAAAAAACUUAUCUGGAAGCUUUAAGCAUCCUUCCCUCAAGUGUGGAGCGCUGGGUGCAGGAUUUCUUCUCUGCUUUACAUCUGCAUCUGAACUAGGUCUGAGUAGAUGAUGACCAACCAAGGUUAGAAGUGCAUGCAUCCAAUAGCAGAGACAGCAGUCAAAUGCCGAGCUCCUCUCCCCGCCCCUGCUGCGUUUCAGAGUUUCUUUACUUCUGAAUCCAGACAAAUUGUGGUUAGUUUAGAAUUGUAGGAUUGUAAGCAUUGGAAGAGCCCCCAGGGUCAUCUAGCCCAGCCCCCUGUAAUACAGGAAUCCCAACUAAAGCAUCCAUGACAGAUGGCCACCCAACCUCUGCUUAAAAACCUCCAGGGAUGGAGAGUCCACAAUCUCCCAAGGAGUCCAUUGCACUGUCGGACAGCUCUUACUGUUAGAAAGAUUUUCCUGAUGUUUAGUCAGAAUCUCAUUUCUUGUAACUUGAAGCCGCUGGUUCAAGUCCUACCCUCCGGAGCAGGAAAAAACAAGCCUGCUUUUGUGCAGGUGGUUUUUCCUGCCUAAAUGUCCCUAUUGAAAUUCAUCUUGUUAGUUUGGGCCCAGUUCUCCAUCUGAUAAGGUCAUCUUGAGUCACGAUUCUGUCUUCCGUGGCUUCCUCUUUGGUGACCACUCGUAGCCAAGUAAGAGUGUCUUCCAUGAACACGAUCUUAGCGGUGUGUCCGUAGGUGACUGUGGAGGCCAGUUCUGGAUCCACAAGUCCUUCCACAGUGGGAACAUUGGUUUCCAGGUGGGAGUUGAUGUUGGUGAGGUUUGCCAAACAUGCCCUCCUCUUAACCAGUUUCUCCCUUUUGUCCUGAGUUCGAUUGUCUUCAAAGUCCAUGACACCUUUUAUAAAGACUUCAACUGGAGCACUCACAGGCUAGGGUUUCCCAAUUAUUGGUGUUUAUACUACAUUUUUUUAGAUUUACCUUGAGAGAGUCUUUAAACCUCUUUUGUGUCAACACCAGCAUUACGCUUUCCAUUUUUAAGUUCAGAAUACAGUAGUUGCUUUGGAAGACGAUAAUCAGGCAUCCAAACAAGUUGAUGUUGAUACUGAAGAAUCAUUGCUUCGGCACUGGUGAUCUUUGCUUCUUCCAGUACACUGACAUUUGACUGUCUUCCCAAGUGAUAUGUAAAAAUUUUGGAGACACCGUUAAUGGAAUCUUUCGAGAAGUUGGAGAUGGCAUUUAUAAGUAGUCUGUGCUUCACAAGCAAAACAGUAAGGUUGGUAGUACAAUAGUUUACAAAGGUAAACAAGCAUUUUGGUUUCCCUGUGAAUGUCCCAGUCCUCAAACACUCUGCACUCUUGCAGAGCUCAGGCAGUGCUGGAUUUCGGCAUCAGUGAUGGCCCUUGUGGAAAGAUAACUGCCCAGGUAGGAGAAGUGAUCAACAGUUUCCAACGUUACACCAUUGAGUUUGAUUUGUGCUGCUGCAGAGGGGUUUUGUGCUUGUUGGUGCAGCACUUUGGUUUUUUGGAUGUUGAGCGAUAGGCCUAGCUGUAAGUUUCUGUGAAGAAUAUGUGGCAUUAGCUACCCCUCCCUGUUUGGUUUCCUCUGCUACAUUGAUGAGCUUCCCCUCAACUCCUCCAUCCGAGUCAGCCAUGCUAUCUGGGUUCAAUGUGAGUUGGAAGUCCAACAGCAUCUGAAGUAGCCACCACUGCUGUAGAGAAACAAGCCAACUUGGCAAAUUGUAGCCAUGACCGUGACUUGUUUCCCUUAACCAUGUCCCCAUGUUCUUUCUUAGGCUCCUCUCCACUUUUCCCCCGAGGCUGCCUGCCCCUUUCUCCUUGGGACAUUAACGCUUCCUGUGGGUGAACUAUUUAUUUUAUUGAUUUACAACCAGCUUUUAUGAAGAUCUUCCCAAAAUGGUUUACAAAAUGCAAACAAAUAAAGCAUUCAUGCCAUGUGAAUAUUACAGUCAGCACAGAAAUAACACAAUAACCUAGCAUAAGUUUAAACAAAACAAAACCCAGAUCACAACAUCAUUUCUUCAGCUCAUUGUAUAAUUAACCACUGAAGGCUGCAGCAGAGAAGUGGGUCGUCAAGACCAGGGCUUUUUUCAGCCAGAACUCGCUGAAACUCAGUUCCAGCACCUCUCAGGUGGGCGCCAUUGCCGUUAUAAGAGAACAAGUUCAUGGUGAGUUCUGGCACCUCUUUUUCUAUGACAAUAGCACUGAUCAAGACCCAUUUGAAAAGUACUGUAUCGAGUCAUGGGGCUUGUCUGAUAUUGCAUGGAAUUGCAUCCAGAAAUGUUUUAAUAUUUUGGCAGCCUGAGCUUUGGCUUGGUGUGAUCUGGUGCCCAAAUCAAAUGCAUUCAUUUGAAUUGAUAAUGACAGUAGACUUGUCACUGUGCGUCAUCAAACCACAGAUUUGUCCCCUCUUGCCUCAGCAAAUCCUUCUCUUCCUCUGACUGUCAACUUAACUGCUCACUAAACUGAGAACUAAAGGGUGGUAUAUACCAGUAACUCUAAUAAAUAAAAUAAGAUAAUUGUUCCAUACAGAGAUGUAAAGCAUCAUUAUUUGAAAUUGAUAGCGGUAUAUAUUAUAGCAACAGAACUUGGGUAUCUUUGUUAUAUAGCUAGCAAGCUGUGUGCGUGGACUGGGCAGAUUGCGUUAAAUUUCCAUACGUGGACCUUGAGAGAUACUCAGCACUGUGCUGCUGAUUCAUUGGAAUUCUGACUCCAUUUCCUCAUAUUAAAAACAAAAGGAACAUGAAGUUGUUGGUGACAACUGUGCUUUAGAGAUGUGAUUCCUGCUGAGACUGCUUUUCUGCCUGUAGUUCUGUCAGUUCUUACAAUGCUAGGCAUUAUUAAUAAAUUUGAUUAGAAAACAUAUUUCUAUAAAGCAGUUUUAGCUGUGCCAACUCCUGCAUUUCGGGGGUUGGAUGAUGACCCUGGGGGUCCCUUCCAACUCUACAAUUUCAUGAUUCUGUACUUUGCACCUGUUGAAGAUUCAUAUGUGCCUCGCACUGGGCUGGCCCACCCGUGAGGCAAGGUGAGGCAGCUGCCUCAGGCAGCAGGACCGACCAGGGUAGCAGAUCCCAAUGUCAAUAUUUCUCCCCCCUCCCCCUGUUCCUCACCCCUUCUUUCCUUCCGCCUUCUUGGGGUCCAUCUCGGGUGCCAAAUAUUUUUGGCUGACUCCAGCCUCAUAUGCUGGGCAGUGGGCUUGCUUUACGUCUGCAGAAAGCAGCCAGAUGCUUCCCCCAGUCCAGACAAUAGUAUUGGGACUGUGCUUGUAAUUGCUUGCUUCCUUUGUAAUGGUUACUUACAAUACAUCUGUGAAAUACCAUAAUUUUUAUAAAUUGGGAAAUUGCUCUUUCCUGUGUUUAAUUUCAGCACAGCGGGUCAGUAGUUUCCUUGCUUUUCUCUCUUCUGUAGUUGAGACUUAAAAAAAAAAAUCAAUGCCUGCCUCAAUUUUUAAAUCAGAGGUUUAAAAUACCUUUGGCCUUCCAAAUGAUGUUGGAUUUCAACUCUCAUCAUCCCUGAUCAUUGGCCAAUCUGGUUGGGCCUGUUGGGAGCUGAAUCCACACAGCAUCUAGAGGUCCACAGCUUAGCCACCUGUGUUUAAAAACAAUUUCUGAGGAGGCUUGGUGAAUGGGAGACCCUGUCAAACAGAAUCCUCUCAAUUGUGAAUGAUUUGAUAAAUCCGGGCUGUUUUGGAAGACUUGGGUGUUUGAACUUCAGUCAUAGAUUGCUGAACCACAAUACACAGUUGGCAGCUCUCAUUGGUGAGAUUGUGACUGUUGUUUGGCUUCAGUGAUGUGGGUUUUCUCGAAGACUUUGAAAAGGGAAGUAUGACGAAGCCAUGCACUUCUGAAACUGGAAAAUGUUCUUCGGAAAAGCACAGCAGUGGGAAAUUCUCUGGAAAAUUUCCACCCCAUAUCACUGGCUAGUCAGUCAAAUUUUCUGUGACACAGGUGGCAAUAUUGGAACCUUCCUUCCUCUAUUUGAGCUCCUAGGCUGCAUUUGUGUCUGUGCUGCCUAUUGUGCAUGUUCCCUGUUCUCCAUUUCUUCAGCGUACUAAUUCCAUAUUUGGAGCCUAGGCAUGCCGCAGAGUUUGGACAAAGGCCACUGUACCGUCUGGUGUAGUGAGGGGCCAGAGAGAGCAGUCACAAUUUGUCACUGCAUGUAGCAAAUGUUUCUUGCACAAGGCUUAUGCUUCCUUCUAGGAAGGCAGAAGGGGUGUCAACACUGUGACAUUGGCUUAACCAAUUUGCAAUCCUGUUUAAUUAAGCAGGAGAGUGGUUAGUCAUUCAGAAGCACCGGCAUUGGUACUGCAGUCUCAGAUCUGUCAGUCCAACAUUUAAUCUCUGUAUGGCACUGAGACUGUAGCCUUGACCAAGAAACUCAAAGUCGGAAAAACAUUGUCCUGAUAAUCUUGCUAGAUCUUGACGCAUCCCCUAGUACCAUUAAUCGUGAGGUGUUGGUGACAUGGCAGCUCUCUGUGGGGCUGUGUUCCAGUAAUCUGGCUUCUGAUUGGAAGGGAGUUCCCAGAGCUGAAAAUGGAUGCUUGCCGGUUGUUCUUUUGGACCAACCUCUGGGCUUCUGCUGAAGUCCAUCGUGUUUCAACCCUUCUCUCAACAUGGUAGUAGCAGAUAAUUUUUCUGACUUCUCUAUCAGUUGAGAGGGACUAGGAGCAGCAGAUGGGAAGCUUCCUUGAAUACUUACUUGAAAAUAUAACUCUCUUAUAGAAUCCAGCGAUUGCUGACAUCUACACUGAACAUGCUCAUCAAGUUGUUGUUGCCAAGUAUGCUCCCAGCGGCUUCUACAUUGCAUCUGGAGGUAUGGUAUUCUACUAGUAUCCAUGUCUGCAUAGUGCAAUCUUGCUGUUACCAAUUUUACUUCACAUGGGGUCCAUUUAUAAUCUGUGGUGGAAAUCCUAUGCCAUUUUGGGUCAUAGAUUUCAGUGGGUUGAAGUGUACCUACCUCAGUAUUGGCUUGUGGUCUACAACAUUGCUUGAUUAUUGUCAUUGAAUGUGCCUCUCUUAAGAUGGUACUAUGAGGGCUAAGAGACUGAGGCAUGAAUCUGGAAGUCUCUAGUUUGAAUCGUGAGUCUGCCACAAAUUCACCAGAUAGUUGUAGGCAGGCCACAGCACCCACCUGCAAUCUGCAAUAUUGGGAUAGUGAGACAUAACCGUCUUACAAGAUUGAUACAGUAUAAGGAUUUCAAGAAGAGAAUGUAUUUCAAGUCCUUUGAAAACACUAUAAAGCAGGCAUGGCCAAACUUGGCCCUCCAGCUGUUUUGGGGCUACAACUGCCAUCAUCCGUUGCCUUAUGAGGAACGGCUAAGGGAGCUGGGCAUGUUUAGCCUGGAGAAGAGGAGGUUAAGGGGUGAUAUGAUAGCCAUGUUCAAAUAUAUAAAAGGAUGUCACAUAGAGGAGGGAGAAAGGUUGUUUUCUGCUGCUCCAGAGAAGCGGACACGGAGCAAUGGAUCCAAAGUACAAGAAAGAAGAUUCCACCUAAACAUUAGGAAGAACUUCCUGACAGUAAGAGCUGUUCGACAGUGGAAUUUGCUGCCACGGAGUGUGGUGGAGUCUCCUUCUUUGGAGGUCUUUAAGCAGAGGCUUGGCAACCAUGUGUCAGGAUUGCUCUGAUGGUGUUUCCUGCUUGGCAGGGGGUUGGACUCGAUGGCCCUUGUGGUCUCUUCCAACUCUAUGAUUCUAUGAUUCUAUCCCUAGCUAACAGGAACAGUGAUCAAGGAUGAUGGGAGUUAUAGUCCCAAAACAGCUGGAGGGCCAAGCUUGGCUACCACUGCUCUAAAGCAACACAUAAAUAUUUGCGCCUUGAAAUGGUUAUGCACUUGUUUCCAGAUAGAACUUGUUUGUUCUAAAACUGAGGUCACUUUUCAAAAGCUACAGCAGUUUUCCAUUUUCCGCCAUGAAUAUGAGUUUUAAACCCUGCAAAGUGUUUUUGCAUAUAGUAUCAGGAAUUCUUCUCCUUGCCCCAUCUAUUUCCCCAGGAGUGCAAUACUCUCAGCUGUUCUGCCUCAGAUGUUGUGAAUAUAGCUAUAGCUGUUCUGGGCACACUCAGCAUUAAAAAUGGAUUCUGUGAGCGCUAUAUAUUAUGCAAAUUAAGCAGCUGGUCAUGGGGGAGGAACAGGGCACCCAAGCUCCACCUCCUACAAGUUAGAGUUGUUGCUUGCUCCCCUUGGCUAGUAAGCCAGUGCUGCCAACAUACCUUUUAAGUCUCAUAUUCCCAACCACAAUGGCUAGAAGUUUGCUUUUAUGGAAAGGCCAACUUUCAAAAGAGAACAUUGUUCACACAUUUUGCAGUUGUGUAGAAUCACAGAACACACAAUACCCAGGAUAUAGUUAAUUUUAGAUUCAAUACUUGGGGACGGGGGAUGUAAUUUCAAGAGAUGUGGUCUCUUGCGCUUCUUAAUACUAGCUUGCGCUUUACUUGAUCUGCAUCUUAACUCUCUCUAGACCUAAAUUUGAGGCUUAGUUAAUAAUAACCCUGUGCGUGGUGAUUUUCAGUGGAAAGCAAAAGUAGAUGAAUCCCUGUGCUGAAGGCACUUGCAGUCUAAAUUCUCAGAAAAAUAACUUGAAGAAGCAAACUUUGGGGGGGGGAAUGCAUUUUCCAUGUCAAAGAUAGUUGUACGCUAAAACUGUGUGAAUGUUUAGAAGCAUGUGAACAUGGUAAGAAAGCUUUGAGCUGGCCUAGUUCCCAUCAGCAAUAUUUGACUUUGUAUUAUCACAGACUUUAAUCAGUGAUACGUGGUUUCUUAUGAAUUCCUUUGAAGUCCAUAAAGAAGUAGCAUUUUUCCAAAAAUAGUAUAUUGGUUUUUACUGAGUUUCCUCUGAAUAAGCACAAUCCUAGGGACCAACAGACAUUGAGAAUAGAAAGUGUGAUUUUGCCCAAACUCCAUACAUUUCACAACUUCCGGUAGGACAACUGCCCUGUAUCAAGAAGAGGAAUUGCCUUCCAGCAAUGAUCUCCAGCCUACACUGAUAUCACUGGAAGUCACACUAGCAGUUAAAGGCCCUUUGCUGCUUUCCAACAGUAUUGAGAGCCUGAAGAGUUUGACUCCUCUUAUUCCUGGCAAGUGCAAAUGCCUUGGCUGGUUAUGCUAUUAUGAGAUGCCUUUGAACAUGGCUGUACAUACAGAAUUUUGUUUGUUUGCUAUCUUUCCACAGUUAAAACCAUGCUCAAGGCAGCUUACAACAUGAAAAAAAUGUAAAAUUACAAACUUAACAAGUAGUCAUAAACAAAAAAUGUAUCAAAAAGUACACAAUGCAAAGUUGAGCCAUUUCAACAUAAAUCGUUAAGAAGAUCUAAAAAUAAAGAUACAAAAAUUAAUAUCAACAACAGCAACAAAAGCCCUCUAAAAACAGUACUCCAGUCCAAGAGUCUGUUCAGCAGCCUCGGCUUUUAUAGCUGGAGUCAGUCCAGGCCAGGUGGAAAAAGCCAUGCAAGGCAGGGAUCAGGUUUUCCAGGACUCUCAGCCAAGAUCUCAACAAGAUUUAAACAUGGCUGUAGCAUGCAAGACUUCAUACAUGUGCACCUCCACUCCAUUGGAGGGAGGAGGAUUGUGUCCAUUCUUCUGGGAUUCUGUCUUGGCUUACUGGCAUUUGCAACCCCAUUGUCUAACUUAAACCUAAAAUCAGAAGAUUUGGCUAUUUUAAAUGUGGAGGUUAUUCUUGAAUAGUAUGAAUUUGUGCAACCAGUGAUUAAUGGGAAAUAAUCUCUUGGUAGAUUCUGUUCUUUUCAGGCACUGCUGCCUUUCUCUACUGAGCUCCAAACCGUGAGAGAGAUAGAAAUGACUCUUAUUUAUUGAGUAUUCUUUCAAGCUCCCUGGAGAGCUUGGAGACCACCUCCUUAUUAGACUUCAAGAUGCUGCCUGCACAGUGAUAUGGAAAUGAGAACCUUGGUUUCACAAACAAGUGCCGUGGCCUCCAUUUUAGCAGACAGCUCUUGCAUAGACCAGGAAACCCAAGGAGGAGGUUAAGCAAGCUACUGUCAAACAAGAAAGAUACUGUGUUGAAUUGCAAUGGCUCUUCCGGGUUUUUUGCAGAGGCCUUUGGACAAUCAAGCACAUUUUGGUUACUCGGUGCAUGAUUUUAGAAAUAAUAGUCCCAAUGAGGUUUUGAAAGGGGACUUUAGAAAUGAAGAAAUGCAUGCAUGCCUUAUGAACAAUGCAAACACAAAUGAACACUUCUUAAAAAAUAGAGGUAAAAAGCAAUUGAAAAUUAGAUAAUACAGCUUAGCAUCUUGAUUUGGGUAUAAAGAUAUAAGUCAGGUAUGAAGAUGGAGGGUUGGAUGGGUUGGAAUUUAUCUUGUCCUUCUGUGUAAGGGAGGGGCUGAGAUUCAGUGGAGGCUCCCGCAGAAGGUGAGGAAGGAAAGAUAAUUCUUGCCAAGCUCUUCCCGCAGUCAAGUUUUCAGGAGAAGGUAUAGAAAAUCUCCUAGGCAAAACCAAGAGCAGUGGUGUGCACUUAAGCCCCGCCUGAGUGUCCCUAGGUGUGCAGGCUGCUUUUCAGAUCUUUGUGCAAUAAGUGCAAAGGUCUGAAGAAGAUUUUAAAGUCUCCCAGUAAUCCCCUAAUAAGUCAGGGUCUACACUCACAGAGAGGCCUCUAAGUGGUUCAGUCGAACAUGCUUAAAUCCUCUUAAGGUUUUCUGUGCUAAUCACAUGCCAGGAAGUGUUGCAGGCGAGACUUCUGCCGGUGUCCCUGCCACAUCCUUGGUUUUGCUUAUUGCACAUUCAGGCAAAUGUAGUCAGCACUGCACACAAUCAAACACCUGCAGUUUCUCCACAAAACAUUUAUAAUAGUUGCCAUGUCAUUGUCACUGUGGUUUGCAGAAAGAGUUUAGCAUUCCUAACAUGCACACUGGUAAGUUCUCGCACGCCUGAAGAUUUGAAUGUGGCAAAGUGAUGGCCGUGCGGCAACUACGUCUUGCUGGAAUGGUGACUAUGUGUAUUGCUGUGCUGUGACAGAUAUUUCCGGGAAGCUAAGGAUUUGGGACACCACGCAGAAGGAACAUCUAUUGAAGUAUGAAUACCAGCCAUUUGCAGGAAAAAUAAAAGACAUUGCAUGGACAGAAGAUAGCAAGAGGCUUGCUGCUGUUGGGGAAGGAAGGGAAAAGUGAGUAGAGAAUCAAAGUAAUUUUUUUGCUCAUUCCUGCAGGAGAACUUGGCUUAUUCUUGUGUUUUAAUUUCCAGAUUCACAGUUGAUAGCUGAUCAUUUAACAGCUAGAGAUCUUUUAAUAGCUCACAUUCUUGGAAACCAUUUCCACAAGGAAGCCAGAGGGUUUUUAAAUGGCAUUGAGCAGCAGUAGCAAGAGUUUUACACGUGUAGUGGUCCUAGUGUUAUAUUCUUGGACACAGUAAAGGAUCCCACAGUCCAAGGAAACCUGCAUUCAAGCACCUCCUACUGAAAGGGCUUCUUAAAAUUAUUCUCCAAAGCCCUGGAAUGCAGCACGAGAAGGGAAGCGUUGGCAUGAAAACUGCUUAAAAGGUACAAGCAUCAUUGUCUCCUCUUUUUAAGCUCAGCCUGAUCCUUAAAGAGCAUUUAAGAUUAUUAACAUUGAUAAUCUUGAUGGAGAAUGGCCAGUUUGUAGAGCUUCUCCCUGGAAUGCAAGGCUGCUACUGCCGCCGGCAUCUCAAGGCACAGAACAAAACAGAGUGUCAGUUUUAUAGAAAUAAAUGCCCCUCAGCCCACACUUCAGCAAAGCUCCAGCCAACCACUUCUUCAGAGAUCUUUCACCUUCAUGGUUGCAGUUCUGCCGCAGAGUAGUCUGAGGUGAAUGUAUUUACACUGUGUUUCAUCCCAUGCCUUGGGAUGGCAUAAAACCUCUUUCUUCCCUUCAGUGGAGCCUCACAAUGUAAUGCAAAUAAUAACACCUUGGAGAUCCCUGGCCUCGACCAGGGCCAGGGCCUUUUUGGUCUUGGCCCCGGGCUGAUGGAAUGCUCUGCCACAAGAGAUCAGGGCCCUGCGGGAUUUGACAUCUUUCCACAGGGCCUGCAAGACGGAGUUGUUCCGCCAGGCUCAGCCUGACUCCCCUUUUCUUUUAGUAUAAGAACUAAUAUGAAAGAGGCCUCCCAGCAUUCUCACAGGCCCAUAUAAGAUCAGCGUAAACAGUUGGGCCAAUGAGCACUUACUGUUCCCAACCCUAACCCUGCGGAAAGCCAUCUAAUUAGACUUUAAUUUGAUUUUGACCUUUUUUAAGGAGGUAAUUCAAUUAUUGUUUGAUUUUAUACCAAUGUUAUAUAUCUAAUGUAACCGCCCUGAGCCUGACUUCGGCCAGGGAGGGCGGGAUAUAAAUAAAAGUUUAUUAUAUCUUUUUCCUCAGAAUAUUUGUAUGGCACUUAGAGUUCACGCAUAACUAGAACAGCAGUUUGUUCUUACAGUCAGUAUAGAUGCAGGGAACUCACUGAAAAUAAAGCCCAUUACUGCUUAUUUGGCAGUACAGUUGUACCUUGGUUCUCGGACAGAAUCCAUUCUGGAAGUCAGUUCGACUUCUGAAAACGUUCGGAAACCAAAGUGCGGCUUCCGAUUAUCUGCAGGAGCUUCCUGCGCUCAAUAGGAAGCUGUGUCGGACGUUCGGCUUCCAAAAAUAGUUUGCAAACCGGAACAGUCACUUCCGGGUUUACGGCAUUCGGGAGCUAAAACAUUCGAGCUGUUCAAAAACCAAGAUACGACUAUAAAUAAAACUCUUGCCAGUUCAGCUCUUGUAUGACAUGGCUUGUGUGUUCAAAUGAUAGGAACAGUCUCUAUAAUUCAAAAUAGCUUCAGAUGACUGAUUCUUAUUAUAUUUUUGUUAUUUCAGUUGUUACAAUUGUGUUUUAAUUAUUGGUAUAUUGCAUUUUACCUUAUGUGCACUGCUCUGCAUGAGGGAAAGGAGUAUAUAAAUAAAAAUACUACAGUGUGUUGCUCCUUUAUCUAUCAGUACAUGAAGCAAGUGCCCUAUUUCGUUACAUUAUUUGUUUAUGCAUAAUGGGCAAAGGAUUUGAAUGCCAUAGGGAACGAAGCUAAAACUGCACAAGAUUAACUGGGCGGUCUAAGUUCUGUUGUGUAAAUCCACUCAACGUGCUGGCUGUGCUCAAUACAUUAAGUCCUAUAUAUAGUCCUCAUUGUAUGUGACUUGAUUUGUUGUUUCUUAAUAGAUUUGGGGCUGUGUUUCUGUGGGAUACCGGCUCUUCAGUAGGCGAGAUCACCGGCCACAACAAAGUGAUCAAUAGUGUGGAUAUUAAACAGACCAGACCAUACCGCCUCGUGACUGGCAGUGAUGACAAUUGUGCUGCUUUCUUUGAAGGACCACCGUUCAAAUUCAAGUUUACAAUAAGUGUGAGUUGUCAUUCUUUACCACCUGUGUGCCGUCUGUCUUUGAGAUCCAUCUCUCUCCCCGUUCCUGCACAAGCAGAGAGCAGCCUCUUUCUCUUUCUCUUUCUCUUUCUCUUGUGUUUCGGGGAAGAGGCAGCAUUGCAUUUCAGCGGCAGCCCUUUGCACUUCAUGGUGAUGUUGGAAAGUGGGAGCUUAAAAUCCUCGUGUGCAAGCGUAAGAUCACCCUUGCUAUCAUGGAGCCAGCACAGUAUUUUUCAGAAUUACAGCAGGUCUAAAGUCUUGGGAUUCUAGAGCUUUCUCUGCAAUUAAAGCAGGAUUGCUUAUCUGCCCAGGGAGAAUGUUAAAGAUUUUAAUAGCUGCAAGCAGUUGUCUUUGCAGUGCAUGCUAACCAGUGCACAAACCAUAGCAGAUUCCAUUCUUACUUACACCUUCCUUAGCCCCUUCGCCUGUUACUUGCAUGAAGGGGUUUCCACCAGUCAAGGGCAGUGGAGGCACACAGCUUCCCCUCAUGGGUCUCAAGGAAGCCUAUCCACCUAGUGAGCUAUGAAUAUAGGCUUUCCUUCUCCAGACAGCCAUAAUUUGUAGGCAUCAGGGAAGGGUCUGGGGAAAAGCUGUGCAGCCCACUGCCCCUUGACCACACGAGCCCCCCUUCAAACAGGCAAGGUGUCUGUUGCUACUUACAUUUUUUUUCACGCAUGGACAGUGGCUGAAGUAAUCUCUUGGAGACACACCCAGAGAAGGGCCACUUGUUGACUUAGGGUAGUGAUGGCCAAACUUGGCCCUCCAGCUGUUUUGGGACUACAGUUCCCAUCACCUCUGACCACUGGUCCUGUUAGCUAGUGAUGAUGGGAGUUGUAGUCCCAAAACAGCUGGAGGGCCAAGUUUGGCCAUCACUGACUUAGGGUCUUUGUUGCCUCAUGUCAGCAGAGGGGUUCUAAGUGCUUAAAACAAGCACUUAGAAUUGGGCUUGGGAACAUGUGCAGUUGUGCUGAGACUGCUGUUACACAGUACUUGAAGUAGGCAGGAUUUGAGCUGCUUGCACAACCCACAGCAGGCUAAUGGUGGAGACCAACGAGCAGCACAAAAUCAGCUGGAGUAACCCGUUUGGGAAUUGAUGUCCUUUUAUAUAUAUAUAUAUGUUUCUUCUAUAGGAUCACGGCCGGUUUGUUAACUGUGUGAGAUUUUCUCCAGAUGGAAAUAGAUUUGCUACAGCCAGUGCAGAUGGCCAGGUAAAAUCGAGCCAUUUCUUACCUUUGGGGGGCGGGGCAGAUAUGCCUCUAGCUAAAUGGAGGGUCUGCUUUGAGUGUCAAAGGUCCCAGGAUCAGUCCCUGGCAUCUCCAGUUAAAGAUCUCGCCUUGGAACACCAGGAACCUAGGAGUGUCAUUGCUGGUCAUAAGAGAUAAUGUGGAACCGGAUGGACCAGUGGCCUGGUUCUUCAUAAAAUACUUUUCCUCUGGAGCUAGCACAGCAGUAACUGUGCCAAUAUUUGUGGCACUUUAGGUUCUAAGCAAAAAAGGGGUUGCCUCUCAGGAACUGGUGUUCCAGAAUCAAUGCUGGAGAAGGCAACAGAGGAAGGAGAGGGUGAAUAAGGCAAAAAUUAAGAUUAACCUCAAAGUCAGACAAGUAUAAAAGUAUUGGCCCCAAGGUGGGCAAAUUCCAUAGUAUAGUAAUAGUAAUAAUAAUAAUUAAUAAUAAUUUAUUAUUUGUACCCCGCCCAUCUGGCUGGGUUUCCCCAGCCACUCUGGGCAGCUUCCAACAAAGAUUAAAAAUACAUUAAAAUGUCACACAUUAAAAACUUCCCUAAACAGGGCUGCCUUCAGAUGUCUUCUGAAUGUCAGGUAGUUGUUUAUCUCUUUGACAUCUGAUGGGAGGGUGUUCCACAGGGCGGGUGCCACCACCGAGAAGGCCCUCUGCAUGGUUCCCUGUAGCUUUGCUUCUCGCAAUGAGGGAACCACCAGAAGGCCCUCGGAGCUGGACCUCAGUGUCUGGACAGAACGAUGGGGGUGGAGAUGCUCCUUCAAGUAUACUGGGCCGAGGCCGUUUAGGGCUUUAAAGGUCAGCACCAACAGUAUAGGGCAAUAAAAUUAUCAAGGUCAACCAAGAUGUCACAAAAUAGUGGGCAGACCUUUGGCUACCAGCCUAAGAGUUCUGGAGAUGAAAGAUGGGGGAAAGUAAAAUGUGGAUUGGUGUUCAAGCCAUGAAAUCUGCCUCAGUUGGGAUGCUGGAGGAGGUAGCAGAGGCUCUGUUAAAUGCUAUGUAGGUUUCAGAUUACAACCGUUGGAAGAAAGAGCACACAAUGGGUGAACCUUCAUAUUGGAGAGCAUUAAAAAAAUAUUCUCAGAUAUGGAGGGUCAGCCAUCUUAGGUUCCUUUUGCUUUUACUGGCCAGAAUUAUAGACUUGAUUGUAAUGCAAACUACUUCCUGAAGGUAAAGAAACAAGCAUGACAUUGAUUGCCUUAACCCAGAGGCAACGCCACACGUAGCAUUUUCCUAUAUUUCAGAUGUUUGGAUCCUUUUAUACUGCGUUUCAUUAAACACGUUCCAUUGCUUUCUGAUCUCAGUAGUACACUGUUUGAGUUUGAUACUUAAAUAUCUGCCUACUUUAAAGAAACUGCUGGUGUUUCAAUAUGGGGGGGGGGGUUAAGUAUGUUUAACUGCUGCCAAAAAACCCCAAACCCACUUAACUGAUACUUUGUCUCAUUUUCGGUUUUGAAAAGAUAUAUAUUUACGAUGGCAAAACUGGAGAGAAAGUUGGUGCGCUAGGAGGAAAUAAGGCACAUGAUGGAGGCAUUUAUGCAGUAAGUAUAUUGGGGCUUCCUCCUCUCUCUCUCUUUGACCAGACUGUUAGGUUAUGUUGAUUUCCACAGGCAUUAUAUGGAUCUGCUUUUCUUGCAACAGCACAAAUCGUGUCUGAUUCCACAGCACCUAAGGCUGCCUCUUAUGCUUAUGUAAGUGUGACAGAGUUGCUCAGUCCCUUAUCAGGCAUGAAGGAGUUUCUUAAUUGAAAAACCCAAGAGGUGUUAUGCCAACAUUCACUUUCUUUUUUGGGGUUAAAGCUUCAGCCCCCAGCCAUGCCAAGAGCAAUGGGCAUUCUUGGCAACGGUGCUGCUGGAGGAUGCAGCUGGGUUCAAGGCCAGCAAAACGCUGUGAGUAGCUGUACAAGGUCUGAUUUCUGGACAGUCCCUCUAGAUUUUAAUCCAGGUUUGCUAAAAAUUUGGUUCCAGUUUUAGGCUGUGGUAUUUCGUUGGCUUGAGUUAGAUGGACGGCUUAAAAGCCUCUUGAUUGACAAGUAAUCAGGGAGGCAGGUUUGUCCCUUAAAAAAAAAAUAUACAAGUACUUUGAAAAACCAAGGACAGAGGAAGCCACCUUUGAACAGAGAUUCUGCCUUUUUUCCCCAAGGAGGGGGUGUCUGAGAUGAUGCAUCACUAUGUGGGGGUUGUUGUUUUUUAAGUAACAGACGUUCUGAAAGCGAUGCUUUUCAUUGUAAGAUUUCUUUGGGAUGCUUGUGGAAUCUUCUUCUGAUUGAUUAAUUCACGAAAUGCUUUUGAGUUCAACUUUGCAUUCCAGAAUGGACUCAAUUCAUUUCUGAUUCUUUGUUUCUCCCAGAGCUGUAUUUACAGAAUUAAAAAUAAGCUGUAAUCAUUACAGGAAUAGCUUUUAAAAAAUACAUAUUCAUAAUCCUUCCUCCAGAGCACAAUAAUAGAUUGUGCUAGAAGGAAUAAUAAUAAAUAAUAAUAAUAAUAAUAAUAUCAGUUAUUUCCUCUUGAAGUUCUUCUUUAGCAAAUACCCAUUCUGCUAGAGUACAAUUGAAAGCAAAAUAAUAAACAUUAAAAUAAAUGGAACAGUCUCAUAUUGGCGAGUCAGCUUGUCUGCAUGACGUCUUCAAACUCGCCAUCUGGGGAAAUGUGCAUGGGAAACAAAUAUAGGCUGUCUCUGGUAUUUAGGGCGAGCCUAUACCUCUAAAUCCCUUUGUUUCCUUCCAACAGAUUAGCUGGAGUCCAGAUGGCAAUCGCCUGCUUUCUGCUUCUGGAGACAAGACAGCUAAGAUCUGGGAUGUUGGUGCUAAUAGCGUUGUGAAUACCUUUAACAUGGGAUCAAAUGUUUUGGAUCAGCAGCUGGGUUGUCUGUGGCAAAAGGGGCACUUGUUGACUGUCUCCCUUUCUGGCUACAUCAACUAUCUGGAUGAGAACAAUCCGGAUAAGCCCCUUCGUGUCAUCAAGGUCUGUGGAAUCAUUGAGCCGGCUCUUUCGAGUUUCCUAAUCAUGCACUGCUAGCAUUAUCCGUCUGUUUCCAACAGAAAUGAGUGUGGUUGUGAAGACCCAUUUAACAGAAAGGCUGCUUGAGCUACACUGUGGAUGCUCCUGUUCGGUUGGCUACACUGUUUUGUAGUAGUACUACAGUGGUACCUCGGGAUGCGAACAGGAUACGUUCUGGAGCCUCAUUCGCAUCCUGAACGCAAUGUAAGACGCAUCUGCGCGUGCACGGGUUGCGUUUCGCCGCUUCCGAGCAUGCGCAUGAUGUCAUUUUGAGCACCUGCGCAUGCGUGAGCGGCAAAACCCGGAAGUAACGCACUCUUACUUCCGGGUUGCCGUGGAGUGCAACUCAAACGCGCUCAACCCGAAGCACAUUCAACCUGAGGUAUGACUGUAGUAGUAGUAGUAAUUGGAAUAAUAGUAUUUUAUUUUAUUAUUUAUUUUAUUUAUUAUUCGUACCCCACCCAUCUGAUUGGGUUGCCCCAGCCUCUCUGGGUGGCAAACGAGAAGUGACUUUACUUAAUCCAAACCAGCCAGUUCUGAACAAUAUGUUCAGUGCUUGCCAGGUGGGAGGAUUCCUGGUUAAAUCAGAACAGAAUCAACACUUGUAAGAUCUCUUAGUUUGGGGAAAAGGUGAUCUAAGUGCAGUAAGACAAUUGCCUCUAAAUAUGGGGGGGGGCAUUUCAGGCAGUAGCUAGCUGUGCAUCUGCUUCUGAAUGCCAAACCUAAACAGCAGUCCGCCUCCCCCCCCCCCUACCCAAAUUGCCACAAGCACAACCCUCUUUUUAAAACUGAUGGAAAGUUCUGUUGCAGUCACAUCUCAUGGGCGUGUAUUGUUUCAAGGGAAGGGAAAGCCCCUUGGAGUUGGCAUGCGGAACAUCCCAGUGUAUGUCCGCCUGACACCCCACCAUUCUUGGCCACCUGAAAAUAGCCGUUAAUCUUAAAUGGCUCUGUCCCUCUCCUGUCCCUCCCCUUUCAUAUUAGACUGCUUACAUCAUUCCACCUCUUUCUCCCCUUUGUAGCCUUUGGCACAGUCUUAGUCUCCUACAUAGAAACUAAGCCAAAAUAUUUGUAGCUGAACAGGGUGCAUAGUCUGUUGUCUACUUUCCCCCACAUCAUAAUUUGCAUUGUAAGCUUCUCGGGGCCUGUAAUAUAUAAUAGGAUAAUAUUUGCCCUGUGUUUUUGUUUUUGAUAGACUAUUUUAAGGAUAAGACAACGGCUUGGAACCAAUUCCUCUUCUUCCCCUGCCCCAGAAGCGCAUAGCAGAGGGUUUGUGGGCUUGUCAACUUUCCCUUUUGUCUAUUAUCAGAGGAGUUUGAGGUUAGGCGAAGCUUUCCGGGGGGGGGGGGGGUGUUCUUCCCAAAAUCUGUGCAAAGAAGCCCAGAUUUGGGCAGGAAGAAACAAGUGGGCACAACGUGCUGUGAGUAACUUGAGCUGCUGUCUGUGUAAAUGUAAGAGUUUUUGUUAAUUAUGUGUGCUUUCUUUCAGGGUCACAGUAAAUCAAUACAAUGUCUUACGGUGCAUAAAAAUGGGGGGAAAUCCUAUAUCUACUCUGGAAGCCAUGAUGGGCAUAUUAAUAUCCUUUGA